AUGCAUCCAGUGCAUAUGCGCCCUCUUGAGAAGCGUGAGGCCAUUAUUUUGAAUGAGUUUGGACAGCCUAUUGGACCAGUCACACCUAAAAAGGACACAAUAGGUGAAUUUUCAAGAUUCUUAGGGACCAUUGCUCGAGACUACGGUAAUGCUCUACUGACAUAUAGGAGUUGGAGAAAGGUGCCUGGCAAAGAUAAGUUGUGGGAGUACGUUUUGUCCAAAUACCUGGUUCCUGAAGAAGGAAAGGAAUGGGUACUAAAGUCUAUUGGUGCUGCCUGGAGGAUUCAUAAGUGCCGAUUCAAGAAAAGGCAUUACCAUAAGUACACCACCAACAAUCUGAGAUGGAUGAAAAGGCCUAAAACUAUACCCGAAGAGGAUUUCAAGCAGUUGUUGCUUCUAUGGAACAAGAAAGAAGAGAAGGCCCGAUGUUCUCUUAAUCAAAGUCGAAGGAAAGCUCAAAAGAACAAUCACACUGCUGGACCUAAAAGCUUUGCAAGGAUACGUGAAGAAAUGAAAAAUGAAGAUCCUAACAAGCAGUUCCCCUCGUUAGCUCAAGUCUUUGAGCGCACUUGUGCAAGAGAUGAAAAGAAGAAAUAUGCUGAUACAUUUGAGGAUACAGAACCUAUGAAGAGUUACCAACCCAUAGAAGAUGAAAGUGACCCUAAAGAUGCUUUUAUGGGUGUGAUGGAGAAGGAGUACCCUGGUCGUAGGCGGCUAUUUGGUAGGGGGGUCACCAAUAAGGUAUUGAAGAAGAGUGUUGCUGCUGCUGGUUCAUAUGUGGUGCCAAAAGAGGUAAUGGAUGCUGUGAGGGCAGACAUGGAAGCCGAAAAGACUGAGAUUGGUGACAUAAGAAAGGAACUUGAAGCAGACUAUGAGCAAAAGAAAGCGAACCUUGAGGCAGAUUACGCAAAGAAAAUGGAGCAUUUCGAUAAGUCAAGGGAAAGUCUGGUUAAAGACAUCUUGCAGAAGCUCAUAGCAAAGCUGCCAUCUGAUGUUGUCCGAGAAUUCUUAGUUUAG